AUGUCCAACCAGCCCAUGCAAAACCACCAUGAAGGGGCCUACAUGUCUCUGAUGAGAGGCUUGAAAGAGCUGGACAUCCGUGGCCAAAGUGUUCCCAGCGAACUGGUUCUGACUGGAGACCAUGCCUUGCCUUUGGCAAUGAACAGCAAAGGCCAGGUCAUGAUUGCUGCGUCUCUGUACGGCAGUGGAAGGGUUGUAGUUCUGGGUCAUGAGAGUUACCUGUGGAAGCUCCCAGCUCUUGUAGAGAAUGCUCUGAUCUGGCUGAAAGGAGAUGGAUCCGACAACCUGUCUGUAGGGGUCCAUAAAAAUGUCAUGUUGGUCGCUGAGAACCUCAGCAAAUCCAGCUUCCAAGCCAAAGUGGUGGGGGCCUUUAGUGAUAAUCUGGGGGUUGGUGUGUAUGUGACAGAUACCUACAGUGUGGGUGCACACAAGAAGGAUCUAGUUGCAUUUAUGAAAGCUGGAGGAGGAGUGUUAAUAGCAGGUCAGGCGUGGAGCUGGGCUGCAAGUCACCCAAAAGAGAACACACUGCUUCUGUUUGAAGGGAACAAGGUUUCUGGAGUGGCAGGGAUCUACUUCUCUCAUCAUUACAGUGACGCAGAGUACCUGCCUGUCUAUCCUAAAAUUCCAUCCUCCUGGAAGGCUGUAGUAAACAGAGAGGAUUUUGAGGAUGACUUGGAGUUCUUACUCAAGGGGGUUUCAGAGUUCGACAUCCAAGAGGGAGCGGCACUUUCAGAGGUUCUGGUCCAUGGCUCUCUAGCCUUUCCCAUUGGGACCACAGAGAAUGGAGACGCGUUCCUGGCAGGAGCCUACUAUGGACAGGGACGGGUCAUUUUGAUUUCACAUGAAGCACUUCUUGCACGAGAGCCAAUGACGCAAUUUUGGAGUAAUGCCGUUCACUGGUUGGAUGAAGGCCGGAAUGGGGUCAUUGGGGUAUUGCACGAUCAAGCCUUAGGAACCCUCAGCAAGUCAGGGUUAAAGUGUGAGAAGACAAACUUCAGGAAAGACCUGAGUGUAUUCGUGUGCACAGCAUACCGCGAAGAUCACAUGGAGGAUAUCCAGAACUUUGUGGCAGAGGGAGGAGGCCUUCUGAUUGGUGGACAUGCCUGGUACUGGGCACACACACACUGUGGACAAAACCCAUUAACAGAUUUCGUAGGGAACAAGAUCUUGAACAAAAUGGGCUUGAGCCUGUUGGGAGCAAUAAUCAGUGGUGGUGUAUACAAGGCCCCUGUAGCCAGCCAGGCCAUCAAAGACACCUACCACUUCCGCCACCUUCUACACCGCUUUGCUGGACAUGUCAACAAAGGAGAACAACUUAUCAAGCAUGAUGAGGAAUGUCUGAGAAAGCUGAGCAGGGACUGUUCCACCUACUUGACCAUGAACGAUUAUGACAGCUACUCCUAUGCACAGGUCCUGUCCACCCUCACUGAUAUCAUAUUGAGGUCGGGCAUGCCACAGGUGAGUGACAGAUUUCCUGUGAAGAGCCCCAAAGACCACCUGCUCCUCAGUGUGGGGGCAGAGGUGUACAAAGUUUGCCCGGAUCCCGAUGCUCUCCUGCCCUACCUCAUUAAGGAUAAUCCAUUGAUGCCAGUUAUCUAUCACCACAGGAUCAAGCUUAAUGUUAACACAGCAGAAUUGGAGGAGUGGAUCAGUACAGGUCUCUACCUCUCGCCUGGUAUGAAGACCUACAUGACCAUACCAGCAGAAAUAGUCAACAAUGGAUGGAAGAUCCAGAUAGGCUGUCAAACAGACAGGCUGAAUCAUGCAGAGUUGAAGAGAGCAGCAAGUGUUCAUGAACAAUUUCCUAUAACCACAGAGAUUAUGCAGGUGUACAAUCUCUGGGGUGGACUCCUCUAUGUGGUGGCCCCACCCAAAGCACAAGUGGAGGGGGUACAUGUCACAGUGCAGACUGGUGUACCUGUGCCAUAUUAUAAAUGUGGUGUGACAACAGCAGCAGAAUGGUCCAUGUUGCGCAAUGCUCCCUCACCCUGGGCCGAGUUGGAGUUCGAAAACAUCAUCCUUACUGUGCCAUCAAAUGUGGUUCGAGACCUGGAUCACCCUGACGAGUUGGCGGCGCUAUGGAAUAAAAUUAUGAUGGCCAUUGCUGACCUGGCUGCAAAACCACACAAAUUUCCCCGCAAAGAACGCUUUGUAGCAGACGUGCAGAUUUCCCAUGGUUGGAUGCAUGCAGGUUACCCUGUGAUGAUGCACAGCACUGUUGCGGCUGAACUGGUCAGUGUUGACCAUAUCAGGAAUGUAGGAAUAUGGGGGCCCAUCCAUGAACUGGGACACAACCAGCAAAGAGGCUGCUGGGAGUUCCCACCCAACACCACUGAGUGUACAUGCAACCUCUGGUCAGUGUAUGUGCAUGAAGAGGUGCUUGGGAUCGACAGAGCAAAGGCUCACCCCCAUAUGAGUUUAGAAAACCGAAACCAUCGAGCAGCAGAGUUUGCUGAGGGGGACAAGAAACUCAUCAAAUGGGACAUGUGGGUGGCCCUGGAGACAUAUAUGCAGCUCCAGGGUAAGUUUGGCUGGGAUGCCUUUAAGAAGGUGUUUGCUGCCUACCACACGAUGAGCGACUUUCCCAAUGACAACAAAGGAAAGAUGAACCUGUACGCUGAGACUUUCUCCCGGACAGUGGAGGUGAACCUGACUGGAUUCUUCAAGAGCUGGGGUUGGCCCAUCGAACCAGCCACAGAAGAGAAACUCUCCAACCUGCCCUCUUGGAGUGACAACCCCAUGGUCCAGUAUGACUGAGCUGCAGUAUGAUGCUGAUUGAAGUGCAGAGAGAUGGGUCCUAAGAGUAUGAAUCUUUGGGUAUU